GAGAGAGACACACAGAGGGAGAGAGAGAGAGAGUGUGUGUGUUGUGUGUGAGAGAGAAAGAAAGAGAGAGAGAGAAAGAGAGAGAGAGAUUCAGAGUCAGGAAGCUGUGUAACCCUGCCCACUUCCCACAAAACCAUUGAACUCCGGCAGAGUGAGCCGUGCUCAGUGUGGCUUCUCCAGAGCUCUGCACCUCUGCUGCAAACCGCUCUCUCUCAACUCAACAGCAGGAUCCCACAGCAAGGAGCACUUCUACCGGCAGCACCAGUCAUCUGGACCACCACCUCAAUCAUCACGUGGGACUACGCGCACCACUGCCAAGGCGUCAAGGCUCAGCCUCGAACCUGAUCUCACAGAUCGAUAGAGAGAAAUAGACCGAUUUAAAGAAGAUCACGAAGAACUCGGAGCAGAUCUGACCCGCACACACACACCACUGCCUGAGCUGGACCAAAACUGACAGACAGCCACAGACCGGCCGCCACUAACUCCUGAGCUUUGACCACUUCAGAGCCAUGACUUUCCAGAGAAAGGAAUUAUCCUCCUGUUUUUGAUUUCCUUAUAGUCCUUCUUGUUAUUCUUGUUGUUCUUCUUCUUCUUGCGCUCCUCUCGCACAUCAGUGUCCAUCCUCUAAGUCGCUAAUUAGAGAACUGUUUGUAAACCUGCAUCGCCAGUGCUGCUGUAAAACUCAGCACCAGUGUGACAGAGAGACCAUCCGCGGCCGUCCCGUACAUCUUCAUCUAUCUCGCUCUUUACUUAGUUACUUACCUACUCGCUUACUCCCAGACGCAAGGAUGUCUGCUCUCACCUUGAUGACGGGAAUGUUGUUGCUUGUCUCCGGGCUCCUCUCCUGCGACUGCAGCCCUGCGCUGGGCGUUGUGGAGGGAGUGGAGCAGGGCCGGGCACCACCUCAGCAGCCGCAGCAGCAGCAGCCGCCCCCAGACUCCAAGCAGGCAGACACAGGGGCAGCAGCAGCAGCAGCAGCCGGGGCGGGAACAGGGGCAGCAGGUGUCGGAGCAGGGGCAGGGGCAGGGGCAGGGUCCGAGGGCGGCGAGGCGCUCUGCCCGUCGUGCGCGCUGGCCCAGGUGCAGCGCGAGCAGGCGGAGACGGCGGCGCCGCAGCAGCAGGUGGACAUGGUGGAGGCGGUGAAGAGGCACAUCCUCAACAUGCUGCACCUGAGCACGCGGCCCAACAUCACCCGGCCCGUGCCGCGCGCCGCACUGCUCAACGCCAUCCGCAAGCUGCACGUGGGCCGCGUGGGAGAAGACGGCUCCGUGGAGAUGGAGGACGACGCCGCCGGGCUCGGACACUCACAGGGAGGGAUGGGCGACGAGCAGCCCGCCGAGAUCAUCACCUUCGCCGAGCCUGGAGAUGCCCCUGACGUGGUGCAGUUUGACAUUUCCAAGGAGGCCACCUCGUUGUCCGUGGUGGAGCAGGCCAGCGUCUGGCUGUUCCUGAAGCUGGCCAAGGGCACCCGCGGGAAGGGCAAGGUCUCCAUCCGGCUCCUGCAGCAGCUGGCCGGCCCUGACGCCGACGGGGAGGUCCGCGAGGAGCUGGUGUCGGAGAAGGCCGUCAACACGCAGCGCAGCGGGUGGCACACGCUAAUGGUGCCGCGCAGCGUGCAGGCGCUGCUGGAGGGCGACAACAGCGUGAUGCGGCUGCGCGUCUCCUGCCCCCAGUGCGCCGACGCCGGCGCCACCCCGAUCCUGGCAGUGGCGGCGGGCGAGAAGGGGCGCGAGCGCGAGCAGUCCCACCGGCCCUUCCUCAUGGUGGUGCUGCGGCCCGGCGACGAGCACCCGCACCGGCGCAGCAAGCGCGGCCUGGAGUGCGACGGCAAGAUCCGCGUGUGCUGCAAGAAGCAGUUCUACGUCAACUUCAAGGACAUCGGCUGGAACGACUGGAUCAUCGCGCCGCCCGGCUACCACGCCAACUACUGCGAGGGCGACUGCCCCAGCCACGUGGCCAGCAUCACCGGCUCCUCGCUCUCCUUCCACUCCACCGUCAUCAACCACUACCGCAUACGCGGCUACAGCCCCUUCACAAACAUCAAGUCGUGCUGCGUGCCCACGCGCCUGCGGGCCAUGUCCAUGCUGUACUACAACGAGGAGCAGAAGGUCAUCAAGAAGGACAUCCAGAACAUGAUUGUAGAGGAGUGCGGCUGCUCGUAAAGGCCUGCUCGCCG